AUGGAGGAGUACGAGUACGAUGAUCCCCCUCCAUACUUGGAGAGUGCUACAACACCGGACGACGACGACGACGAAGAUUCGGAUUCCGCGCCAUCCAAGGUGACUCACAGAGAUGCGCGGGAAGUAUACAGCAAGAUCAUCAGCACGAACUUCUCGAUUCUGUGCGCCGGAUUCAACGAUGCCGCACUCGGGCCUCUAAUUCCCUACAUCCAGCCCUGGUUUCACAUCGGCCUCCUCGAGAUAUCAUACAUCUACCUUGUCAACUUCGCCGGUGGCUUCACCGCAUCCUUUGCCAACAUCCACAUCUGCUCGCAUCUAGGAACGGGCGGCACGCUCGUCCUCGGCGUCGCAUUCCAAUGCACCGGCUACGCACUUAUGUUCUGGGCUCCCUCGUUCCCUUUCUUCCUGGUCGCAUUCGUAUUCACGGGUUUCGGUCUGGGGCUCGCCGAUGCCCAGGCGAAUAGCUUCACCGUCACUGUCCGCAACUCGCACCGCUGGCUAGGUGUGCUCCAUGCUGUCUAUGGGCUGGGCACCAUCUUAGCUCCGCUUAUUGCGAAUCCCAUUGCUGCGCACACGCCGAGAUGGCAGCUUUACUACCUCAUUUCGCUUAUUCUAGGUGUGAUCAACAUUCUAUUCAACGUUUGGACCUUCCGCCAUGGCUUGUUUAGGCCGAAUGAUCCUGGUGCGAAGGGGACGCCGGGCCGAGAACUGCGGGAGACACUUUCGCAUCGGUCGCUUUGGUUUCUUACUAUGUUUUUCUUCCUUUAUUCUGGAGCUGAGAUUACCCUUGGCGUUGCGGUGCGGCAUGGAGAACCCGAGAAGGUUGGUUACGUUGCAUCCAUCUUCUGGUGUGGCUUUACGUUAGGUCGAAUUGCCCUGGCAGACGUGACACACCGAUUUGGUGAGAGACGCAUGGUUUUCAUAUACAUAAAGCUGGCAGUUAUAUUCCAGCUUAUGUUCUGGCUUAUUCCGAGCAUCCUGAUCAAUGCCAUCUCGGUUUGUUUGCUAGGAUUUUUCAUCGGCCCUUUCUACCCGGUGGGACUUUAUGUCAUCACCCAAGUUAUUCCACGAGAAUUGCAUCUCGGGGCGAUCGGUUUCACUGCCAGCUUCGGAUCAGCAGGGUGUGCUGCAUUCCCGUUCUUGACCGGUGCGAUAGCUUCUCGCGCUGGUGUCGAGGUCCUCCAGCCGAUAAUGAUAGGCUUGCUGGUCGGCAUGACUAUCUUCUGGGCCCUGGUUCCGAAACAGGGCCGGAUACAACUGACUUAA